GCAUGAGUGUAGCGGGGCGAAGCGUUCUAAAAGGGAUCUUUCCUAAGCGGACCUUGAAGUCGAAACGGCGGCUUUGUUGCCGCGCUGGUCGGAGGUUUGUGCCGUUGUCUCCGGCUCACCUUCCACAGGCGGACUUGGAGAACCUCGCUGAAAGGAACCAGCCGCCGUGGAGUGUCAGGCCGGCUGGGCCGAUUGCUCCGGCGCUGAGGUCGAGGGCAGGAAAGCAGAGAGAAAAGAUUUCUGCGGAGAAAAGGAGUAAAUAAAAUGAAAUACGCGACUCCGCCGGGACUCGAACCCGGAACCUUUGAAUCCCUUCACCCGCUAGAAGUCCAAUGCGCUAUCCAUUGCGCCACGGAGCCACCUGUUGGACUUGUUGCGCGCCGCCUAUAGAGCCUGCGCGCCGCCUCACGGAUGGGACGCCCCGCCGGAGUGCCAGCCAAUGACGUUGUGAGGGGAGGCAAAAGAUAAUGAAGCAUCAACCUAUUCCCAGCUGGCUGACUCGGCUUGGUCUCCCAGAGUAUUGCAUGCUCUUUGAACAAUAUGAUGGUGUAGAGGACCUACUCCAUCUUACAGAGGUUGAUCUUAGAAAAAUUGGAAUUGAAAAUCAAGUCCAUCGAACAUACAUCAUUUCCAAUAUCCUGCUGCUUCAGGAAAUUGAAAGAGAGAGAGAACCAAGAAUGAUAGCUGCAGGGAAAUUUGCAAGUCUUCACAGAAAUGUCCCAGUGAACCAUCAGUUCUCAUUAGCUUCUUCCAUGGACCUUUUGACCAGCAAACCCUCCCUGGCAGAGCAUCGUGCAGACUCCUUUCAAGACAUCUCUAUACAUGGCACUCUCCCCAGGAAGAAGAAGGGAACAAUUCCCGUUAGGUCCUGUGACAUGUUUAGCCACACGGGAACACUGCCUUACACCAGGACAAACCGGCAACAACCAUCUUUUGUACAGGAUGCCAUAGAAGAGCAUCCUCUACAAGAUGGGCAGAGCAGUAAACUCCACAUCAGAGAUCAGAAUAUCCUGGAUCCUACACUGGAAUAUGUUAAGUUUUCUAAAGAGAGGCAACUUAUGGACAGCCCAGAAAAGCUGAAGAAGGAGUUAGAAGAAGAACUGCAGCUGAGCAGUGAAGACUUGCGCAGCCAUGCCUGGUACCACGGGCGUAUUCCUCGGCAGGUGGCAGAAAGCCUGGUUCAGAGAGACGGAGACUUUCUGAUCAGGGACUCUCUUUCCAGUCCUGGGAACUUUGUUCUUACCUGUCAGUGGAAAAAUAUCUCUCAACAUUUUAAAAUUGACAGAGCAGUUGUGAGACUCAAUGAAGCCUACUGCCGUGUUCAGUAUCAAUUUGAACUUGAAAGUUUCGACAGCAUCCCUGGCUUAGUUAGAUACUAUGUUGGGAAUCGCACACCAAUAUCAAAGCAGAGCGGAGCCAUUAUUUUUCAGCCUAUCAACAGGACUGUUCCUCUCAGAUGUCUAGAAGAAAAAUAUGGUGCAUCUCCAGUCCGACAAAAAGAACCAAGUACCCCUGAAGGAAGAACAGAGACUGUAAAAAGGCUUAGUCUUGGUAUAUCCAGCAUGCAGUCUCAGGAGCAGAGCUUAGCCAGAGGAAAUCUUUUGAGAAACAAAGAAAAAAGUGGAAGCCAGCCAGCUAGUUUGAAUCAUGUCCUGGAGAAGAGGUUCCCUCUAAAGUCUCACCAGUCAGAGAGCUAUCUGCCAAUAGGUUCAAGAUAUCCUUCUCAAUUACCUGAAGCAGAUGCAAACUCCUGCCCCAGCUCCCCUGCCUUUCGAACAGGCAGUGAGCCUUCUCUGAGCCCCACAGCUGUUCAGAAAGUCACCUCUGAAUCAUACGCAGGGGAAGCUCUUAGAGGAUCAGACAGUCAGCUCUGCCCAAAGCCUCCACCUAAGCCCAACAAAGCGCCCUUGCUGAAAACCCCGGAGUCUCCUUCAGCCUCACACAGUUCAGAAGGACACUACUGUGAACUGAGUCCUGCCAGAGACCCUGCAGCAACAAAACCACCCUUAUGUCAGAAAAAAAGCUAUGUGGAACAUCUGACACCGAAGGAGAGGGGGACACACUCAUUCAGGAAUUCUGACACAAGCUACUUGAUCCUGGAAGACGAUUCUGUCAUGAGCUCUGCAGAUCCUUUAGAAGGAUCCAAAGUUGCUUCCACUGAGAUAGCUGAAGAAGACAGCCCUUUUUUUGCACCUGUUCUUGAGACGGUCUCUAGUUUUAAACCGAAUGAUUUUGAAUCCAAACUGCUUCCUCCUGAAAACAAGCCGUUAGAAACAUCCAUGUUAAAAAAGGUUAAGGAGCUAUUUACCAACAACAAUCCAAAGAUCAUUGCCAAACAUAUUCUUAGAAUGGACUGCAAGGUGGCCAGGAUACUCGAAGUUUCUGAAGAGAUGAGGAGGGUCAUGGGAGUGAAGUCUGGUCUUGAACUGAUCACACUGCCCUACGGACAUCAGCUGCGCCUUGACCUAAUUGAAAGGCACAAUACCAUGGCAAUAGGAAUAGCUGUGGAUAUCCUGGGUUGCACAGGGAAUGUAGAAGACAGAGCUGCAACAUUAAACAGGAUCAUCCAAGUAGCAGUGGAGCUGAAGGACUCGCUGGGGGAUUUGUAUGCAUUUUCUGCCAUUAUGAAGGCACUAGAAAUGCCACAGGUCUCUAGGCUAGAACAAACCUGGACGACUCUAAGACAUCAUUACACCCAGACUGCCAUUACAUACGAAAAGCAGCUGAAGCCGUUUAGCAAAGCUUUGCAUGAAGGACAAGAGACCAUCGGUGCUCUGCAGAACAAGGUAACGGUGCCACUGCUGAUGCCACUCCUUACCUUGAUGGAGCGGCAAGCGGUCGUGGUGGAAGGCCUGGACCUGUGGGAGAGCACUGACCAAAGCUGCGAGAUCCUGCUGGCGCACCUGGCCGCGGCGCGGCUCGUCGCGCACAACGCGCCCGCCUUCCGCGCGGCCGCCCAGCAGCUGCUGCAAGGUUUCCAGCCAGAUGAAGAGCUGAGUGAGAUCUUCAAGACAGAAUUUCAAAUGCGAUUGCUGUGGGGCAGCAAAGGGGCACAAGUUAAUCAAAAUGAAAGAUAUGAAAAAUUCAGCCAGAUCUUAACUGCAUUGUCCCGAAAACUGGAACCUCCUCCAGUGAAGCAGGUGGAACAAUUAAGUAUUUAAGACUCUAUACAAGCUAAGUGCUAAAUCUGAAAUAACCAUAGCUUUUCUUUGGAUGAUUUGAUACUGCACCAACCUGUAGCAUUUCACAAGAUGUUUAGAACUUUAACUGCACAAUGCACACUUGUUUUAAAACUACUGAUUACUAAACAAAUUAUUUAUUUAAUGUGCCAUCAAAUCAUUUUUAUGAUCCUUUAAACAAUUUAACUUUAUUCUUGUAAGACAGUCUUACAGCUUUCCAUAUUUCCCCAGAUUUAUAAUGUUUUAGUAAUACUUAGGCGUAAGGGGGGGGGAGUCGGGCAUCUUAAAUAUAUUAAAAUGAAGCAACUACUGUAAAUAAACAUAUAGAUUAAGUAUGUGACAUUGCAGUUGUAUAAUAGUCCUUAAAUGAAUAUAAAACUUUGUACAUAAGAGUUGUGGAUUAAAAUAUAUUUCUUUUUUGCAAAAUAA